CCCUAGAAGGUUUCCGCCGCGGCGUCGACGUGCGCAGGGCUGCAGGCUGGCGCUGCGCCUUUCAGCUCCGCGUCGGAGUAGGGAGGCGUGAGCCAGGCAGAGAGACCCCCGGAGCCCGAGACGCGGCGGCGUGCAGUUCCCAGCCCCCGGCGCCCCCUCGCGCGCAUCCUCCAGCCGGGGUAUAAGGCGCGACCCCGCGUCGAUCGCGAGCGAGUCUUGGUCUCUACGCUCCCGCGCAAACCUCUCCUUCCUCCCUGAUGGGCACCUGCGGUUCCGAGCGGCGGUGGCGGCCACUGCUGCUGCUGCUUGUGUUCCUGGGCCCUGCUGGCGCCCACGCGCAGGAAGACGAGGACGGCGACUACGAGGAGCUGGUGUUCACCUUCCAGUCUGAGGAGGACGGCCCGGCCGAUGCUGCCCAGAAUAUGGCCACCGCCACCUUCCACCGCUGUGCCAAGGACGCCUGGAGGCUGCCGGGCACCUAUGUGGUGGUGCUGAAAGAAGAGACCCACCGCUCACAGACGGAGCGCACCGCCCGCCGCCUGCAGGCCCGCGCCGCCCGCCGGGGCUACCUCACCAAGAUCCUGCACGUCUUCCACAACCUCUUCCCUGGCUUCCUGGUGAAGAUGAGCAGCGACCUCUUGGACCUGGCCCUGCGGCUGCCCCACGUGGAGUACAUCGAGGAAGACUCCUCUGUCUUUGCCCAGAGCAUCCCCUGGAACCUGGGGCGGAUCAUCCCUGCACGGUACCAGGAGGAUGGAUACCACCCCCCCAGUGGAGGCGGCCUGGUGGAGGUGUACCUCUUGGACACCAGCAUCCAGAGUGGCCACCGGGAAAUCGAGGGCAGGGUCACCAUCACCGACUUCGAGAACAUGCCGGAAGAGGACGGGACACGCUUUCACAGACAGGCAAACAAGUGUGACAGCCAUGGCACUCACCUGGCAGGAGUGGUCAGCGGCCGGGACGCCGGCGUGGCCAAGGGCGCCAGCCUGCGCAGCCUGCGCGUGCUCAACUGCCAAGGCAGGGGGGCGGUCAGCAGCACCCUCGCUGGCCUGGAGUUUAUUCGGAAAAGCCAGCUGUCCCAGCCCAUGGGGCCUCUGGUCGUGCUGCUGCCCCUGGCGGGUGGGUACAGCCGGGUCCUCAACGCCGCCUGCCAGCGCCUGGCGGGGACGGGGGCAGUGUUGGUGGCCGCCGCUGGUAACUUCCGUGACGAUGCCUGCCUGUACUCACCAGCCUCGGCUCCCGAGGUCAUCACUGUUGGGGCCACUGAUGCCCAGGAUCAGCCUGUGACCCUGGGAAUCACGGGGACAAAUUUUGGCCAUUGUGUGGACCUCUUUGCCCCAGGGGAUGACAUCAUCGGUGCCUCCAGUGACUGCAGCACCUGCUUCACGUCACAGAGCGGGACAUCACAGGCUGCUGCCCACGUGGCUGGCAUUGUGGCCGUGAUGCUGACUGCCGAGCCGGAGCUCACCCUGGCCGAGAUCAGGCAGAGACUGAUCCAUUUCUCUGCCAAAGAUGUCAUCAAUGAGGCCUGGUUUCCUGAGGACCAGCAGGCACUGACCCCUAACCUGGUGGCCACACUGCCCCCCAGCUCCCCUGGAGCAGGUGGGCAGCUGUUCUGCCGGACCGUGUGGUCAGCGCACUCGGGGCCCCGACGGGCGGCCACGGCCACGGCCCUCUGCACCGCAGACGAGGAGCUGCUGAGCUGCUCCAGUUUCUCCCGGAGCGGGAAGCGGCGGGGCGAGCGCAUUCAGGCCCGGAAGGGCAGGCAGGUCUGCCUGGCCCACAAUGCGUUCGGGGGUCAGGGUGUCUACUCUGUGGCCCGGUGCUGCCUGCUGCCCCGGGCCAACUGCAGUGUUCACACAGCUCCGCCGACUGGGGUUGGGGUGGAGACCCGUGCCCACUGCCACCAGCAGGGCCAUGUGCUCACAGGCUGCAGUUCCCACUGGGAGACAGAGGACCUUGGCACCCCUAGGCGGCCUGGGCCCCGGCCACGAGGUCAGCCUGACCAGUGUGUGGGCCACAGGAAGGCCAGCGUCCACGCUUCCUGCUGCCAUGCCCCAGGUCUGGAGUGCAAAGUCAGGGAGCACAGCAUUCUGGCCCCUGCAGAGAAGGUGACUGUGGCCUGUGAGGAGGGCUGGACCCUGACGGGCUGCAGUGCACUCCCCGGGGCCUCCCCCAUUCUGGGGGCUUACGCCAUGGACAACACAUGCGUGGUGAGGAGCCAGGACAUUGGCACAGGAGGCAGAGCCAGCGAGACCACAGUGGCCGUUGCUGUGUGCUGCCGGAGCCAACCCUCCGAGCAGGUCUCCCAGGAGUUCCAGUGACAGCCCCCUGCCCCGCCCCGCCCCUGCAGGCUGUGGCAUAUGGGGAGGGGUCAGGAGCUGGGGACUAUGGCUCCAGUUCGGGGUGGUGCUCUGAAAUGGUUCCGACUUCCCUUCAGGUCCCCAGAUGGCCCUUCCUCAGCCCUCCAUGGCCUGGGCCUUCCUGGAACUGCUGGCCCUGGUGGUUGGGGUGGGCUGGGCUCCUUGCCUGGGAGAACUUGGUCUCCCCCUCCCUGGGCCUAAGCUGAAGAGAAGGCCGAGUGUAGCAGGGUUGGAGGUGCCACCAAAGCUUCCUGCAGCACUGUGGGGGCCGGGCCUGCUAUCCACCACUGAGAUGAGUUCUGCUGUGCUGUUUCCCAUCAGCCUUUCCCAAGACGCCAACACCUGGGGACCGAAUUAUCAUUUACUGAGCUCCUACUACGUGCCAGGCAUUUAUUGCUCACAUCUCCAUGAAGGAGGCAGUAUGCUCCCUGUGGGGUGGGGAGGUGAGGAGGCACACGGGUGCUAAAAGGGGCCAGAUAUCAGUCAGGGCAAGGGAGUGUGAAUAGAGGUGCCCCUCGACUCUUGCUCACUUUGGAGAAGCCUCUGAGGGCCCCGAUUAGUAGGGCACGGGUGUGUGUGUGUCUGGGGGAAAUGGCAGGAGGUGAUGCUACCCCAGAUCUGGCCAGCACUUCAAAGUGUUCAGAGUGUCCAAAGUGCAUCUGCAGCCACAUUCUCACAGGGUUUCAGAGCAGCCCUGGAACAGAGGCAGGGCCCAUUCUACCCAUUGGACAGAUGAGGAAAUUGAGGCCAGAAAAAUAAGCUGUCAGCUGCCAGGAGACUUGGGUUUGAGUCCUUCUCUUGCUCUCCCUGGGUCUCAGUUCUCAUCAAGGUAGUGAUUUCCAUCUGUGGGCCCUCCUGCUGUUAGGAUUCACUGCCUGGAAGACAGAUUUUGUGGAUGAAAUUCCUAGCCUUGUGUCCACCCCUCUGAGCUGCCAGCAGCAGGAUCAGGGGCUGUGCCUGUGUUUCUCGUGGCCGCCCUACCCCUGCUCUAGUCCAAGCCUUGUUAUCCACCCAGGAUUGGCCUCCACUGACACACAUCACCCCAUCGUCUUCUCAACUACCCUGCUCACUAUCACCCCUACUUCAUGGAGGAAGAAACUGUGAGCCAGAGCAGGAAAGUGCCCUUCAAGCCCACACAGCCAGGAAGUGAGGUGGCACAAGGACACAAACCCAGAUCUGGCCACGCUACAGCCAAGCCUCUUUUGAAAGCACCAGGCUGGGCACCCCAUUUUCAUGUGUUCCCCAGUUUGCUCAGAAGGGGAACACAGACCUAAGGUAGCAGCACAGUGAGCCAUAGCAGAGCUUGUCUCACCCUGCUUGCUCCUGGGCUUCCGGUCUCUGCAGGAAGGAGCUUUUGCUGUGGUUACCCUCACCUGAUUCACUAUGGCCUGGGGUGGAGGGCCCUCUGAAGGAUGGGGGGAGAGGGCAACUAUCCUUGUGCCUCCCCCUUCCCUCCCCUUGAGCAAACCAAACAGCCUGGGUUUGUCUUUCUGGUCUGUUUGUGAACAGCGCUCUCUGCUGCCUUUUUAUAGCCAAGAAGCUUUUCUAGAUAGACCUCUCUGUUUUGCUUUUGUAACCUGAAGGUAUUUAUUCUAGAUUUUGUAGCAUUUUUAUUAUACAGUGAGUUUUUAAAAUAAAAACAACUUUGUCAUGA